AACCUGUUGUUUGUCCGGUCCCCAUUGAUCUGGUCAGCGCUACAAGGAAGUGCGGCAUCCACACGCGCUUGGAAAGUUCAGCAUGCAGGAAGUUUGGGAAGAGCUGGGCGAGUAGCUGGACAGCAGGGGCAGCGCAGGGCAGUGCAGGCAGCGAAGGCGCUGGGUGGUGUAGCAGAGGUCCACCGGCCCAACCCGGUGGGCUUUAUUUAUUUAUAUAUUUAUUUCUGGAACGAGGCUAUCCCUAGGUCGCUGAUCCCAAAUGCACCGACUCUUCUUCAUCUCCAUUCUUGUGUGUGCGAACUUUUGCAGCUAUCGGGACACUUUUGCGACUCCGCAGAGCGCAUCCAUCAAAGCUUUGCGCAAUGCCAAUCUCAGGAGAGACGAUUGUGAUGUAUACUCAGGAUCAUGUACAAAAGAGACAAACAGAUCAGAGGUGCAUGGUCCUGCUCAGAAAUACUUGUACCGAAGAGAUGAGAACAUCCAGGUGACAGGCAGUGGUCAUGUGCAGAGUCCUCGCUUCCCCAGAAGCUAUCCCCGGAACCUGCUCCUCACAUGGUGGCUCCAUUCUGAGGAGAAAACACGGAUACAACUGGCCUUUGACCAUCAGUUUGGACUAGAGGAAGCAGAAAAUAAUAUCUGCAGGUAUGAUUUUGUGGAAGUUGAAGAUAUCUCUGAAACCAGCACUGUAGUUAGAGGAAGGUGGUGUGGCCACAAGGAAAUCCCUCCAAGGAUAACGUCAAAAACAAACCAAAUUAAAAUCACAUUCAAAUCUGAUGACUACUUUGUGGCAAAACCUGGAUUCAAAAUUUAUUAUUCAUUUGUGGAAGAUUUCCAACCUAAAGCAGCCUUAGAGACCAACUGGGAAUCAGUCACAAGCUCUGUCUCUGAGGUGUCCUAUCACUCUCCAUCAGUAACGGACCCUACACUCACUGCUGAUGCUUUGGACAAAACAAUUGCAGAAUUCGAUACUGUAGAAGAUCUGCUUAAGCACUUCAAUCCAGAGUCUUGGCAAGAUGAUCUGGAAAACUUGUAUCUGGACACUCCUCAUUACAGAGGCAGGUCAUACCAUGACCGGAAGUCCAAAGUGGACCUGGACGGGCUCAACGAUGAUGUCAAGCGUUACAGUUGCACUCCCAGGAAUCACUCGGUCAAUCUCAGGGAGGAGUUAAAGCUGACCAAUGCGGUCUUCUUCCCAAGAUGCCUUCUUGUGCAGCGCUGUGGGGGCAACUGCGGUUGUGGAACUGUCAACUGGAAGUCCUGCACCUGCAGCUCAGGGAAGACGGUGAAAAAGUAUCAUGAGGUAUUAAAGUUUGAGCCUGGCCAUUUCAAGAGAAGGGGCAAAGCUAAGAAUAUGGCUCUCGUAGAUAUCCAGUUGGAUCACCAUGAGCGGUGUGACUGUAUCUGCAGCUCAAGGCCACCUCGAUAAGACAUUGUGUGCAUUUAUAUAUGAAGAAUGAAAAGACCUUUAGGUUAAGACAUGGUAAGGGACCUUUGUCCCACCCUAAGCAAUCAAAGUUGCUUCUCAGCUACAAUUUAGUGAAUACAGGUGGAAAGCUCGCUUUGUUAGUGCCAUGGCAAGAAGAAGCAUAUAUUGUCAACUUCUAUAUCCAUAAACAUAGGAAUUCAUUUAUUAAUAGCAUGUGAAGAUAUGUAUGUACACCCACACACAUGUCUAUCUCUAUGUGUGUAAACAAAUGAAAUACUUUAUUCAGUAUAUUUACUGAAGUCCACCAGAGUCAAAUUAUUUGAUUGUUACUUGAUAAUUUUGCUAAAAUAAGGAAUGUGUCAAACAUAUAAAACAUCUCUUUAAGAAAUUCAGAAUAUAAAUUUCUUUUGAAACAUUGAUUCACAUAUCACGUCUUACUCUCUUAAAGAAAGCAUGUGUCCAUUAAACAGAAGAUGAACCCUCUUAUGUAUAUGUCUUAAUAAUAUGGAAGAAAAUAAAGUUUCUGGGGUUAAAACCAAUUAUUUAACUAUUUUCUACAUGAGAUGCACCACAUACCUACAAAUGUGGACAGUAAUUAUCUUUCUCCAAAAAACCACAAAAGUAAUACAUGGUUGUUAAAAAUCAAAUCAAGUUCUCUUUUAUGUAUUUUGUCCAAGCAAGCUAACCUGUUGAGCACCUUCCUCAAUGAAUUGCUCAGGGAGUGUUGUGAUAGUCCUUCAAGAGUCAAGCAAUAGGUUGCAGCAGAAUUUUCAAUUUUUUCCACUUUCUAAAAUCUGAAGAAAAGCAAGUAUUUUCAGGAAUAGCAUGCCAUUACUCCUGAGCCUUUCAAUAUGGUUUUCACAGGAAAAUGUGGGUGAUAGAAAGUCAGAAAUAAGCAAAUAUUGACAUAACUGGGAACUAAAUGGGCUAUUUGAUAAAGUCCACAUUUGAAAAUAGGUCUAAGUUCUCGGACCUGUGCCAAUCAUUUUCUAUGUUUUGCUUUUGUGUUCCUAUCUUUUCAAUACACACAUGUAGUCAGAUGUCAUGUUAUAUCAAACAAGCCAUUAUGGAAUAUUUAUAGCCUAAAAGCUUUUAUGUAUUAACAAAAUAACUAACUUAUUGAUUUAAUUUAAUUUAACUAAUUUAUUGAUAAAUUCCUAAUCCUAUACUUAAGAUUCUGAAUCAGUGGAAAUUUAGAUAUGAGGUUUCCUAUCCUUUUCAAUCUUCAGACCUUACUCUAUAGAGCCAGCAAUAGUUGGGAGGAACACAUCUGGUCCUGCUUUCCCACUGGAAAGCUUUUUGUAUUGAUUACUAGGAAUGAGAGUCAGUUUUCCUCAGUGGCUCCCCUAUAUCUAUACUAAAGAAACUGAGUCCAGAAACAGGAAGUUAUUCAUCACUCUCCAAAGCAAGAUGCUUAGAAGGGAACAUUAAAGUCAGGUUAGCCUGGGCUGCUCUCAGGGAACCACAUUCUUCUUCCUGCCUUGAGAGUAGAAGAGAAGUGAUUUCUUCUGUGAAUCCAGUGUGACCUGAGCACAGACUGAUUUGGUACAAGAUUUGUGCAUGAUCUGCUUUAGUCCAGUGUCAGAGGAUCAGCUCAAACACACUUUCACUGCUAGGUACGAUGUCUUCCAAUCCAAGUUGCAGCUGUGCUCAGCAGAGCUGUGUUUAUUGUCACAUAUCUUCUAAAGGUUCUGUGCAAUUAUCUAUCAGUUUCUGUUCAAUGAUCAUCAGAAUCAAAUGCUGCAUUGUUCAGUUGUCCAGAAUGACAGAGAACAAUGAGAAAUAGGCCAGGCCUACAGUCAGGAGCCACUUCCCCUCCAUAACCACUUGCAAGUUUCCUAUGAAACAGUGGCUUCCUGUACAAAACCAAAGUAUAGUUUACUGUAGGUACAGGGCAUAGCUCACACCAAAAUGUGAACAUGAAACACCAGAGUGUUCUACCCAAUUUUCAAUAAACCUUCCAGGAUGCAAUAGCGAGUUAAAGCCUUACCCUUAUCUUCCUCUUAUUUACUAGCUGCAGUGUAAACAGACAUAUACACUGAGGCUACUCUCCCCUUCUUGAAUGUUUUAUUAAACUCUCUCCCUUGGUUAUCUGUUACCUAUUCCACAUCCAACAUGUAGCAAAUAAAUCUGUUUCAUUGCCAUCAAAAGACUAAGAAUAAAAAACAAACCACUAUACAAAUUACAUUUCAAAAGAAACUAAUAAAUACACAGCUCUGCCUAGAAUAAUGCCAUUCAUUCAACAUGUUCUUAUAGGGAAGAACACUUUCAUAAGUAGGGGGUUGUUAUGAUUUUUUUUGUCAUUUCAGUAACACGGAGCUUUUCCUCUCACAACAUUUUCGAUAAAAAUAUAAUAUGGCUCUUUUCUUCAUAAAAAAAAAUAAAUACUGCUUUGAACAAAACUACUCCAUUAUUUAGUACUGAAUGCAAUUUUAAAAGGUGUGCAGCAUUACCAAGGCAUUUUAACAAACGCAUCUAUCUGGAAUGACAAGAUGGGUGAUUGCUGAGAGGACUGAGCACCUGCUCCUAGCCCAAAGGCCUCCAUGCUCCCUGCCUCACAGCUGAGGUGGGGGUUGCUCAUUCAUGUCUCUUUGCUAGUGGUCUUGCUUUUUUCUGUUUCCUGCCCAGUCAGCCUGUCAGUGAAUUCUCCUCUGACACUGCCACCUACAAAGGUUCCCAUCCUUUCUCUUCCUUGAGGCCUUAAAUUAAGACCAUCACAGCCUCAACUUCCUUUUCCCCUCCCUUCCAUAUACCUCUUCCUUUCUCUUCCUUGAGGCCUUAAAUUAAGACCAUCACAGCCUCAACUUCCUUUUCUCCUCCCUUCCAUAUACCUCUGGAACAGAUGGUGGGUCACUGCUGCUCACUCCGAGGAACUAUCUGAGGUCUCUCCCCCUGAAGGAGCAUAGACCAUGACCACAAAAAGGGAUCUCUUAUGAUCAAGAACACUUGCUUCCAAGUUAGUCUUUAUUAGCAUCCUGCCAGAGACAGAAUAGCAGCUGCAAAGAUCUGAGGGAAACCUUGCUUCUAGCUUGAUGGCUGUAGAAGUUUAGAGAAUAAGUACGUACAAAAAUGUAUGUGUUAUAUGACAAGAAUCAACUUUAUCAACAGAAAUAUGAGCCAAUGUGUUAGCCAA